AAUAUAUUAAUAUGAUAUUAGUGAUAACAUUAAGUAUAACUUUUUCAAAAAUAAAAUUUUAUUUAUAAUAAUAAUACUUGUGCAGUCUAUUGAAGAUAUUCAUUAAACUUAAUCAUGGAGUUCCAGAUAAUACUGUACAUAGUUUUGUUAUGUAUAAACAUAAUCUAUGGUGCAAAAUUUGAAGCAUUUUAUCCUAGAGAAGCCUAUGGUGUGAGCAAUGGAGCGUCCAGAUCUCCACAUGGCCAUGGUUCUUUUUAUAAAUAUAGAAAUCCAGCUUUGAUAGAUGCUAAAAAUUCUCCAGCUUAUGGUUAUAGAUUUGAUGGAAAAAGACGUUUCAAUUUUGAUAGAUAAUAAUAUGAAAUUAUUAUCUAAUAGCAAAUUAAAUUUGUUUAAUUAUGCUUGCUAACAUUAUUUUUGUAUUUAAUCAUCAAUUAUUAAAAAUAAAGAAUUAACAUUUUAUUUUUAUUAAUACUUAAAAUGGUUUUUAAUUUUUAUUAAUUAUUAAUUAAUAAUAAUUCAUAUUUAAUUUUAAUUAAUAAUAAUAAAUUAUUUAUAAAAAAAAAUAUGGCUACCAAUCC